AGAAAGCUACUGCGCUGAUGCGCCGAGGGCUAGACAGAUUUAAAAAAGACUGUCUCGGCAUCUCAGGUUAGUCCUGUGUUUUCUGAUACAAAAUGUUGGGGACAUAAAGACAGUAUUUACCCGGCUCAUUGAGUUUGCAAGCCAAUCGGCACAAACACUAUUUUUUUUUCUUCUCAUUUUUCCUGCAGAAAUAGACUUUAAAUAUUUAGAUGGUGCGAUUGAUUCGGUAUUGCGUCGUACUUUCUGUAGUCUCAUUCGGGCUGUGAUUGUAUCCUAGGGUGUUUUAACUGCUAUUUCACCCUACGUUGCAUCUCUGUGCAUGGCGGAGUCUGCCGUUUAGCAGUCGUCUAUGAAAAUGUUUCUACGUGUAAAUCGACACUAGUAGGGGCUGUUCGAAGGAUUUACCUGCGUAAACGCCAAAUAAAUGUUUUAAUCUGAUACAGUUGCAAACUUUCAGACCCUUUAACAAUCCAAGUAACAAUCAGGUAUUUUGGUCGGAAGCCCCGCCUAUCUUUACUUUACAUGGGCAUUACACAAGUUUUGAUUGACAGGAGGUUGUAGCUGCUGAGCCGCCGAGUCAUGGCGGAGCUGGCUGUGUUGAGGGAAAGCUGUUGAAGAGUUACGUUACUUUGGAGUAGUUGAAGGAGUGGAAAUAACGUCUUCGAAACAGCAAGAAAGAGAAGAAUGCCCUUCAAACGAACUUCGAGUCGUUUCUCUCCGAAAGUGUGCGAAAUGUGGGACUUUCUGCCGCUGGAUUAAUGGAUUUCAGUUUCUUAGUGAAAGUCAACAGCUUUAUGCAACAAAUAUGGCUACUUGUGUCUCUUUCAAUUUGAGAUGAAAAGCUACUCAGCCCGGCUGUUCAAAACAAUGCUACCAACGCCACUUUCUUUAAAGUGACCAUUCGGAACCAUUUUUUCUCUCAAACUUUGUGUUUUGAGAAUUUUAACUACUCCGCUGACGGGUCAAGCACUGAACAUCGCUAGCUGAAAUGGAGCCUAAACACAAAGAGUUGCUAGAUCAGUACCACCAAAACUUGCUGGAGUCCAUUACAGAUGCCGAACGGGUUGUGGAGUUUUUAGCCAAAACAGGUACCCUAACCCAGGUGGAGCGAUUCGAAUUGGAAAACAACUGCUCGUCAAGCUCGGAAAAAGUUGAUCUUCUACUUAAGAUGCUGAUGAGCAAGGAGAGAGACCACUUUCAAGACCUCUGUUUGGCCCUCGAGAAGACGCACCCACACCUGUAUUCUACUCUUGUCGUGAACGGUGGAGGAUCAAUGGACCAUUCUGGCUCCACUUACAGUGUCCUCUCCACCAUGCCCUCGGACUCCGAGAGCAGCAGCUCCCUCAGCAGCAUAGGUACGACGGGCAAAGCCUCCUCCCCGCCCCCGCCGGCGCUCCAGGACCAGCGGCCGCCCGGCGAGCGCUUGGAGGCCGUGCUGUUCCAGCUGCGGCAGGUGACCCGUCAGAGGGACGAGCUCCGAAAGCGCCUGGCCCUCGCCUCGCCCGGUACCACCUUCGAUGACUGCAGGCCGAGCGUGAAGCCGGGCCACGACUACGAGCGUCUGAAGCUGCAGUGCACCAAGGCCAUGGGCGACCUGCAGUCGCUGCAGAACCAGCACACCAAGACCCUGCAGCGCUGCGAGGAGGCCGUCAAGGAGGCCGACUUCUACCACACGCUCCACAGCCGUGCCCUGGGGGAGCAGGGGCAGAUGAAGGAGGAGGCGGAGGGGCUGCGCAGGGACUACAGCCAGCUGCUGCGCGAACAUCAGCACCUGCAGCAGGCCUGCGACGAGCUGCGACGGCUGCGCCUGGACGACCAGAGGGAAGUCGCCGACCUCCGGAUGCUCCAUCAGCAGGUGAUCCGAGAGAACGGCUCGUCGGACAUCCUGAACAAACUCUACGACACGGCGAUGGACAAGCUGGAGACGGCCCGCAAAGAGUACGAGGCCCUGCGCAAGCGCUACAACGAGAAGACGGCCAAUCACAACGCGGACCUGAGCCGGCUGGAGCAGGCGGAGGAGGAGAAGCGGCACCUCCAGAAGCAGGUGGACGUGCUGCUCAAGCACCGCGACUCGGCCGUGCACUACCAGCAGCAGUGCGCCGCCAGCAUGAGGAGGCUGGACGUGUUGCAGCAGGAGCUGGCGGCGACGGUGUCGCGUGGAGCGGAGCUGCAGCGGGAGCUGGAGCGUGUUCAGUCGGAGGCCACGCGCUCGCGCACGCUGCAGCUGAAGGCGGGCCAGGAGGCGGAGAAGCUGCGCGAGGAACGCGACGCCGUGCUCAGCGAGUACCGGCUGGUGAUGAGCGAACGCGACCAGGUCAUUAAGGAGGUGGACAAGCUGCAGACGGGCCUGGAGGCGGCCGAGGCCAAGCUGAAGAACACCUCCAGCCAGCGCAGGGUGGCCAGCGAGGAGCUGGAGGCCCUCAGGCAGGAGCUUGGCUCGGCGCUGGUGGAGAGGGACCGGGCGCUGUGUGAGCGGAACGACGUGCUGGAGAAGUACUGCUUCGAGGUGAAGGACAAGGCGGAGGCGCAGAAGGAGCUGAGUCAGGUCUGCCGGGACAUUGAGGCCGUGAAGGAGGAGCGCGACGUGGCCCGCAAGGAGCGCACUGAGGCCAUCAUCCAGAGGGACCAGCUGCUCCGGGAGUACUACCAGGCCAGACAGAAGCAGGAUGCGGUGGCUCUGGACAUGGAGAGGGCCAACAAGGAGCUGGAGAUGCUGCGUAAGCAGUGCGAGGCCAUGAGCCAGGAGCUGCAGGAGGCGGCGCAGGAGGCCGAGGUGGCCAAGUGCCGCCGAGACUGGGCCUUCCAGGAGCGGGACAAGAUCGUGGCCGAGAGAGAGAGCAUCAGGACUCUGUGUGACAACCUGAGGAGAGAGAGGGAUCGGGCCGUGAGUGAUCUGGCCGACGCUCUCCGCAACCUUGACGACACCAGAAAACAGAAAAACGACGCGGUGCGGGAGCUGAAGGAGCUGAAAGAGAAGAUGGAGGACCAGCUGGAGAAGGAGGCCAGGUUCAGGCAGCUGAUGGCCCACCACUCCCACGACUCGGCCAUCGACACCGACUCGCUGGAGUGGGAGACCGAGGUGGUGGAGUUUGAGAAGGACAGGGUGAGCGACCCAGAGGAGGCAUUGGAGGAUGACAUGGAUCUGAAGGCACUGGGUUUCGAUGUGGCUGAGGGCGUAAACGACCCGUAUUUACCAGGAGACUGUGGGAUUUUUGUGACCAAGGUGGACAAAGGAAGUGUUGCAGAAGGAAGGUUGAGAGUGAAUGAUUGGUUGUUGAAGAUAAAUGACGUGGAUCUGGCCAAUAAGGACAGGAAGCAGGUCAUCAGAGCUGUGCUCAGUGGGGGCGGGGUGAUCAACAUGGUGGUGCGCAGGAGGAAGUCUCUGGGCGGGCGCAUCCUCACCCCCGUCCACUUAAACCUCGUGGGCCAGAAAGACAGUGGCAUCGGCCUGGAGGGCGGCGUCUUCGUAGCGUCCGUGGCCCCGGGCAGCCCUGCGGCCAAAGACGGCUCCCUGACCAUCGGAGACCGGCUCAUCGCUAUAAAUGGGAUCGCUCUGGAUAACAGGUCGCUGAGUGAGUGUGAGUCGCUGCUGAGGGACUGUCGUGACUCGCUGAGCCUCUCGCUCCUCAAGUUCUUCCCCCAGAGCCUGUCGGGUCAGAGUCUGUUCGAUGUGGCCCGGGAGCUGGACAAGAGCCCGAGUGGGAAGCUGCACGGCUCGGAGGUUCUGGCGCGCAACUGCCGGAACCUGCGGAACAACAGCUCCACGCAGACGGACAUCUACAGCCCCGAGAGCCCGGCCUCCGGGGAGCCCAGCCCGCCGCCCUACCAGGACGUGUGCUUCCAGCGCCACCAAGCCCCCCACCACCACCACAAGCGGCCCCUCACGUUCCACCCCGCCUCCGUCUCCGCGGCAACCGCCGCGGCGGAGUGCGUCGCCGCGGAAACGGCUCCGGAGAAGAGCCACGCGCCCCAGAAGAGCAACGGCGGGACGUGGCCCCGGGUGCUGGCGGGAGGCCCCCCCUCUCCAGCGGACGCCGGCGUGGUGCCCCCCCUCUCCAUCUUCCGCGUGACGGCCAAGCGGCGGAAGCCCAUCUUCGAUGCCGACAUCUUCAAGCGGCCCGACACGCCCACCAAGCUGGACUACGUCUCGCUGUCCAAGGCCCGCCCCCAGAGCCCCAGAGCCGACACCCCCACCACGCCCCCGACCCCGCCCACACGCAGCGACUCGUUUAAGUACAAGCACAAGCAGCAAAGCAGCUCCGCCUCGGACUCCACCAUCACGACCGGCUCGCCGCCCUCCACCCCCUCCCAGUGCCCCCCCGCCCCGGGCCCCCAGCCUGACGCCCAGGGGGAACCCAGGGCCCGGGAGGACACGGGCAGAACCGGCCCCGAGGAGCAGGAGCACAAGAGACCCAGACCCAGCUCUGCGCCCGCACCACGCCGCCAACUCACCCCCCUCAAGAUCCCCAUACCUCUACAGGCCUACUCCAAAGAUGAGCGUUCUCCAGACUCCCUCGGGCCUGUGGACUUCUCCCCAACUCGACCGCACGCCCACAUGGGCUUCCCCCCGCCGGGGUACCACGGCCCUCUGCCAGGACAGCCCUCCCCCCGUGGACUGUCUCCCUGCCCUGCCGUCACCACGGUGAUGCACAACCCGGUGUACACAGCCUGGAGCCACUGGGUCAACACCAACACCAACACCAACACCAACACCAACACCACCAACACCAAUACCUGCCCGCCCGCACAGCACUCACGCACCAGUCCUCAGCACCAGGGCCGGCUGAGUUUGGACCUCAGUCACAAGCGUUCCAGUGAGCUGAGCGAUGGCACCCGACGCACUCCACACAGCACCAAUUCACUGCCCUCAAGCGCCAGACACGGUGGAGCGAGCAACGGCCAGUACCGCACUGAGCGAAUCAAGAUCCCCUCCACGCCAAGAUACAUGCGCUCCGCACAGGGCUCCACCCAGGGCUCCGACAGAGGCUCCCUGUCCCAUUCGGACUGCAGCACCACCAGUCUCAUCACGCCCCCCCUGUCCCCACUCAACCUCGAGACCACCUCCUUCGUCAGCAGCCAAUCGCAAGGCUCCAUCUCCUCCCACGCCAGGCUGUCAGUCAGCCCUGCAUCAAUGGGGGACCGGAGAAAAGACAGACCACAUCUGGAGGAGCCUCGCACUGUGACCAUACACAAAGGGGCGGAGCCACUGGGCAUCUCCAUCGUUGGAGGGGAGAACGGUGGCAUCUUUGUCUCCAAGGUGACGGGAGGCAGCAUCGCAUACCAGUACCAGCUGCAGUUUGGGGACCAGCUGCUGGAGUUUAAUGGUAUAAACCUGCGGAACGCCACGGAACAGCAAGCCCGGCUGAUCAUCGGCCAGCAGUGUGACACCGUCACCAUCCUGGCCCAGUACAACCCCCACAUGUACCAGCUGGGCCACUCGCGUUCCAGUUCUAGGAUUGACCCAAUCAGUGGCCACCCUCUGUCGCACGUCAGCGGAGCCACGCCCACCGAUGACCAAUCCACCAUUGACACGCUGAGUGAGCAGGACGAGGGCACCAUGACGCCGCCCUCCAAACAGACCACACCCACCACUAGCCCACGUGGCUCGGUCAGGCGGGCGUUCCCUGAGCCGCGGCUGGUGACCGUGCGGAAGGCACAGGGCGAACUGGGCGUGGCCAUCUGCGGGGGCAACCUGCACGGCAUUUAUGUGGAGCGGCUGGAGGACGACAGCCCUGCCAGGGCAGCCAACAGCCUCAUGCCUGGGGACCUCAUCCUGGAGUACAGCUCGGUGAGCCUGCAGGGCCGCACGGCGGAAGAGGCCUACAUGGAGAUGAUGAAGCCCCUGGAGACGGUGACCCUGCGGGUGCAGCAUCGCCUGGAGGAGUUCAACAUACGGAGGGGCAGCCCAGGAGACGGCUUUUACAUCAGAGCACUUUAUGACCGGAUGGCAGAGGUGGAUGAGGACCUGAGUUUCAAGAAGGAUGACAUCCUGUACGUGGACGACACGCUACCAAACGGCAACUUUGGCUACUGGAUGGCCUGGCAACUCGAUGAGAAUGCACAGAGACUAGCCAGAGGCCAAAUCCCCAGCAAAUACAUGUUGGAGCAGGAGUUCCAACGUCGGCUGAGCGUUCCCGACGGGAAGGAGGAGGUGUGCUCCAGCCGGAGUCUGUCCGCGGCCGCGCGGCGUUCCUUCUUCCGCAGGAAGAACCGGCACAAACGUAGCACCUCCCGAGAGGGCAAGGAGGCGCCGGCCCCGGACGCCAUCAGCACGGACUCCAUCCCGUACAUGGAGGACUGCGUGAGCUUGGCCUACCAGCGAGUGCAGAAGGUGGAGUGCAUCUCCCCCAGGCCUGUGCUCAUGCUGGGCCCGCUGGUGGAGGCCACCAAAGACAUGCUGGUCAAACAGGCAGACUGUAAGUUCUGCAGAUGCCCGCUAGAGGUAAUGAAGGCCUCCCAGCAGGCCAUAGAGAGGGGCGUGAAGGACUGCCUGUUUAUCGACUACAAGCGCAGGAGUGGCCAUUUCGACGUGACCACUGUGGCCUCCAUCAAGGAGGUGACGGAGAAGCAGGACUGCCACUGUCUGCUGGACAUCGCCCCGCACGCCAUCGAGCGCCUGCACAGCGUGCACAUCUACCCCAUCGUCAUCUUCAUCCGCUACAAAAACGCCAAGCAGAUCAAGGAGCAAAAGGACCCUGUGUAUCUGCGGGAUAAAGUCUCUCAAAAACAUUCCAAGGAACAUUUUGAAGUUGCACAGAAGACAGAACAGGAGUACAGCAAAUACUUCACAGGGGUGGUCCAGGCAGGGAGUCUGGCCUACAUUUGCACUCAGAUCGAGACCAUCGUGGAUCAGGAGCAAAGCAAAGUCCUCUGGAUUCCCGACUGAUCACCUUUUCUGAAUCCCAUACCACCACCACCACCACCACAACCAACAACAACAACAACAACAAUCAGACGUUGGUAAAACACUAAUACAACAAGAAAAACAAUGACAAAACACGCCGCUGAACACUCCAAACAACAACAAGAACACUAUACACCUUAAUGAUGUGAAGGGGUACAGCGGACUAAACUAUAUGUGUGUUGUUAACGACAUGCGCACGUUGCUUUUGCAUUUGUAUCACCGUGGCAACUCGCCACUCCAACACUACAGAAGCGUUUUUUCUUUCAGUCACAACGGUAACACUUUUCAUUUCAGACAAAAAAAAAAACACUUGUUUACAAUCAACAACAUUUGUGUUUAUGUACUUUUGUCUUGCGUACUUGAAUGUGUUUUUUUUUUUUAAACCUGACCUGUUCUUUAAUCCCAGGCCUCUCCCCAUUCAGUGUCCUUAUACUAGUCAGAACAGACCGGUUUGAGGAUUCACCUUUAAAGCAUUAGCCACUAAUAAACUGGGGGUAAUCCCAAGGAAAGACAUGUUUGUCGCUAGCAUGCACCAGUCUAAUGACCCACAUGUAUCUCUUCUAUUGAUUUAAUCAUUUAAAACCUCACUGCUAGUUCACAGACUAAGUACAAUGUAGCAAGUAAAGAUACUCACUCGGCUGGGAUCUCCCAGUUUCUUUUUAUUUUCCUCCUGUGUAUUUUGUUUUUCUUGUCUUUUCUUCUCCUCUCGUUGAUUUUAAUGUAUCUAUUUAAAGGACAAAAAGUACUGGUGCAAUUUUUUGACGGUAUGGUCAUUUAAUAUUUCCCUCCUCGUUAAUUUCCAAUUAACUUUUUAUAUUAUUAUUAUUAUUAUUGCUAUUACUGUUGUUGUUAUUUAAUAUGGUUUUGUAGCUCUGAAGUGAGAUGCAGAUAUGUUACUAAAGGAUGAAUCCAGUGCUCAGUCUUAAAACAGCAUUCUGUCCCUCA